GACGUAAAUUACAUUUGAAUGUUCUUACUAGAGGUACAGACAAUAUCCAUCGAUACUAUCAUUUACACAAGGCCGAGAUUCCUGUAAGCCCAGUGAAUGAUUAUAAUUUAACUAAUUUUGUAAAGGGCCUUUGA